CUAUAAUUUAUCGAUGCAAUAAACAGUAGUCACAAUAGAUCCAUCUGUAAUUCUUAAAUUAAUAUUAAGGUCUGUCAUGCAAAAUUAAAGAGUGAUAAAACAUUGUGUGGCUUAGCCUACUUUGAUGAUUAAUAGUCUUAAAAAGGAAUCGUCUCUGAAUCUUUAGAAUAUUUCAGGUUGAUGACAUUCUUCAAAAAUUACAAUUAUGAAGGUUUUAAAUCAAUAUAAUUUCUAGGACCCUCUGAUAUUUUAUUGAUCUACCUAUGGGUUGUUGCUGCACACAUGAUAAAAACUAUAGAGAAUGACUAGGAUCAAUAAGCUGCUGCUAAGAAGCUUGAUGAAAUCGCCAGAGAAGCUGUACCAACAAGAAGUGGAGAUAAAAAAAACUUUCUUGGUGGACUUCUCAAAGAAACACCAGGAGAAACUGAUAAAAUAUAGGGAUAUUUGAAAGGACUUAAAGAUAUUCUUGCAAAAGAAAUAAUAGCAAAGUAAUUAUUGUACUAAGAUUUUAAGGUUCUUCAAAGAUGGCAAAAGAACAUUUGAUGCUAAGUUUUGGACUGGAAUUGCAAAAAGAAAGUUUAUGGGAUUAAGUUAUACAGGAUUAUGAAUUGAAUUUGCAUUAAUAUAUAGAAUUGAUCAAAUGAAAUAUUUAU